AUGCUUCCAACGCCAGUUAGCAUGGAUACCACAGAGUUCCGAAAGAGAGGGAAAGAGAUGGUGGACUACAUUGCGGAUUACUUUGAGCAGUUAGAUAAGAGGCAGGUCUAUCCUGAUGUGGAACCGGGAUACCUGAGACCCCUCAUUCCAGACUCUGCACCUCAGGAACCUGAGAGCUUUGAGGAUGUCCUUAAAGAUGUUGAAAGGCUAAUUAUGCCAGGGGUGACCCACUGGCACAGUCCAUACUUUUUUGCCUACUUUCCUACAGCCAGUUCCUUCCCAGCUCUUCUUGCUGAUAUAUUGUCUGGUGGCAUAGGAUGCAUUGGCUUCUCCUGGGCUGCAAGUCCUGCUUGCACAGAGCUGGAGACAGUCAUGCUGGAUUGGCUGGGAAAGAUGAUUAAUUUGCCUGAAGAGUUUUUAGCUGGGAAGGAUGGAGAAGGUGGAGGAGUCAUUCAGGGCAGUGCCAGCGAGGCUACUUUGGUUACAUUGCUUGCUGCCAGAACAAAAACAAUCAGACGUGUCCAAUCAGAAAACCCAGAAUUAACAGAGGCAGACAUCAUGAGCAAGUUGGUGGUCUAUGCAUCUGAUCAGGCCCACUCAUCAGUGGAAAGGGCAGGAUUAAUUGGUGGAGUGAAGAUUAAAAAUAUCCCUUCAGAUGAUAAAUUCACUGUUCGCGGAUCAGCCCUAAAGAAAGUUUUGCAUGAAGACAGAGCUGCUGGUCUUAUCCCAUUCUUUUUUUGUGCAACACUCGGAACCACACCUUGUUGCUCCUUUGACAGACUGUUAGAACUGGGUCCUAUUUGCAAUAAGGAGAAUAUCUGGAUGCAUAUUGAUGCAGCAUAUGCAGGGAGUGCUUUCAUCUGCCCUGAAUUCCGACAUCUUCUAAAUGGCGUGGAGUUUGCAGAUUCAUUUAACUUUAACCCUCACAAAUGGCUCCUAGUGAAUUUUGACUGCUCUGCUAUGUGGGUGAAGAAGAGAUCAGAUUUAACAAAUGCCUUUAAAUUAGAUCCUCUUUACCUGCAGCACUGCCAUCAGGAAUCUGGGCUUGUUACAGAUUACAGGCACUGGCAGAUCCCUCUCGGCCGAAGGUUUCGUUCCCUGAAAAUGUGGUUUGUGUUUAGAAUGUAUGGAGUCAAGGGACUACAGGAGUACAUCCGUAAGCAUGUAAAACUGUCACAUGAAUUUGAAAACUUGGUACUUCAGGAUAAACGAUUUGAGAUCUGUGCUGAGGUCACACUGGGACUGGUGUGCUUCCGACUAAAGGGCUCCAAUGAACUGAAUGAGGCACUUCUUAAAAGCAUAAAUGAUGCCAGGAAGAUCCAUCUGGUUCCAUGUCACCUGAGAGAGAAGUUUGUGCUACGUUUUGCCAUUUGUUCCCGCACAGUGGAGUCUGUCCAUAUCCAAUUUGCCUGGAAGCACAUCUCAAAGCUAGCAACUGACCUUCUGAAAGCACAGGACAAGCAGCAGCAGUGA